CGUGUUUUCCUCUAACGUCCCGUAACCCAGUUGAAAUUUACCGGAAAAAUAAUUAUCAGACUACAUUUGAAUUAAUAGAAAUUCCGAAUAAGUACAUAUGAAUUUCCUGGGUAGCAGCAUUUCUGAUAAACUGCAUCGUUUCAUUUAGUACAGCAGUGCACGCACACUGAUUUUUUUCCAUGUAAACAUGACCGGACUCAAUGAAAAUGCAACGCUCCCAAGUGGACAUACAAAGGACUGAAAUUGCAUUUCUCUUGUACCCACGGGCAGGAUGUCCAAACCCCUGAGACAGCCGAAGGUCCUGUGACUCACCUGCUCUCAGCCCGAAGGCUCCAACAGCUUUUCCCAGAAAGGCCCUGUCCCAGAAGCAGUAUGGGGUCAAAGCUGGGGCAAAAUAUGAACACAUCAGGGCCUACAGUGGCCCCAGGAAUCAGCACAACGCCCGAGUGGCUCAACACUAAUGUUUUCAUCGCCAUCAUGGUGAUCCUGGGGAUCGUCUUGUUAGCCCUGUGCCUUCUGUGCUGGGCAGUCCGGCGAAGCAGAAUCCAAGGGUCCACGGAUGUGAGACGGGCUGAGAUAACAAUGUCCCUCGCUGGGGUUCUGGACUGUGCUGGCCGCCCUGUGAUGAAGAUCUCGACGGGGCAGAGACACGCCACCAAGCUGGUGGCCAUGCUGAUGGAUACUGGGUGGGGUCCUGUCGAGCAUGCGGGCUCAGCACCAGACAGUGGUGCACGAGGAGCCCCCCCCCAUCCCAAGGCCCCUGGGUCAAGGGUGACACCCUCCCAGGUCCAGUGCCAAAACGAACUGGAAGACUCAUAUGACAAGGCUGGACCCUCCACACAAGGGGGCGCUCCUAGGCGCAUCGAUUAACGGAAGAGACUGCCCUCUCUCGUCCAGUUUAAAGGACAAAUGCUGUGACAUUUUAAUAAAAUCAGAAAUAUAUCUUUGCCAAGCCCAGUUCCGCAUUCAUGCUAGCAUACAAGCUCUGCAAUGUAAUAUUGCCUUAAAUCCAGUAAUGUAUAAAUAUAUUAAUAUCACAAUUAAAAACUAUUUUUCAGUAA